AUGGCGUUCAUGCUCUGGCAGCGCUUAGCAAACCAAGACCAACUCAGCGAAGUCGGCGAGCAUUUGGAAUCCACUUCGCAGCAACUCGACUGUGUCUCGCAGAAGCUCGAAAGUCGCAACGCGAAGGAGGCGAUCGGUCGUCUGCAGAGCACGAUGCAGGCCGCUCAGAGACGCGCUCUAACGCUCGUUUUCAAUCGCUGGAGCUGCGCCAGCGCGAGUCUGCAUGAGAACGAGCUGGUGACCCUCGCGAAAGAGAAAGAACGCGAAGCUGCGAUCGCCGAUCUGCAGUCCAAACACGACCAGCACGUGAAGGAGCUGCGCGAGCAAGCGAUGGCUGAGAAGAAGGAAAUGGAGACUGCGAUGGAGGGACUGAAGCAGAGACAUCACGAGCUGCUGCAGCGCCGCGCUGUGCUGGCGAUUCAGGAGCUUCUCUUGCAUCGUCGGUUGGUCGCAGCGUCCAUCGCCCUCGCGAAGUGGCACAAGAAAACGCUUUUGGAGGUGGAGGCGGAGACAAAAGCCAACGCGCUGAGCGCGCAGAAGGCGGAGCUGGACGGGAAGUUCGAAGCCAUGCAGACCGAUCUGACCAAUCAGCUGACGGUUUCGCGAGGCGAGACGGCUUCGAUGACGGAGGAACGCGAUCGCCUGGCGGGCGAGCUGGAGAAGACGCAGAGCGCGUUGAGACAAACGACGGAGCAGAAAGAAGCCGUCGAAGCGGAGUUGAACGAGGCGAAGCAGAAAAUGGCGGCAGACGAAGCGAAGAUCGCGAAGCUGACGGAGGAGAUCGCGAGCCUCACCGCCGAGCUGGAAGCGAGCAAGAAAUCCGACGCGGAGGGCCGAAGCCAGCUGGCAGCUCGGUGCACAGAGCUGGAAGCGACGCAGUCGCAGCUGGAAGCGCGGAACGCGGAGCUGAAGGCGACGUCCACUUCGCUGAGCGAGACGCAGAAGCAGCUGGAAAGCACGUCGAACGACCUGGAAUCGACGCGAGCGCAGUUGGAAUCGACGGCGAAGGACUUGGAGGCGACGAAGAGCACGCUCGCAGACACCACGGCGGCGAAGGAAGACACAGAGAAGCGGCUGGAGGAGACGAAGCAAACGCUGGAGGCGACGCAAACGGCGAAGGCGGCGACGGAGAAGAGCUUGGAAGCGAUGACGUCGAAGCAGGAGGAAACGGCUUCCGCGCUCGCGAACACGCAGAACGAAUUGAAAACGCUGCAGAAAUCGUCUUCGGAGGAAAUCGAAGCGAAGAGCCAGUGCAUCAAGCAGCUGGAAUCGCAGCUCCAAAGCGUGCAGACGUCGCUGGAUCAACUCACCGAAGCGUCGGCGCAGCAGAUCGGCGAGCUCUCUUCAACGGUCUCCUCGCUGGAGGACAGCUUAUCGAACGUGAAGAACGAAUUGCUCGCAGAGCAGGGAAAGCGGAGCGAAGCCGAAGCGACGAUCCAGCAGCAGUUGAAGCGGAUCGCUGAGUUGGAAGAGGAGCUGCAUAAGACGGAAGGAACGCUGGAUCAACUGCGCGAAUCGAGCCGAAAGGCGGAGGAGUCGGCGAAGGCGAAGAUUAAGCAGUUGGAAUCAUCGGUGUCGAAGAAGAGCGACGAAAUCGAGCAGCUCUCUCAGAAGCUGAAGACAUCCGAAGAGACGGUCGAGGAAUGGAAGAAGAAAGAGGCGGAAGCGGCGGAGCUGGCUCGAACGACGCAGGAGGCAAAGGAAGAAGCCGCCAAAGCGUACGAAACGACGAUCGAAGCUGCGAAUGCGAGCAUGAUGAGUUUGACAAACCAGCUUUCCUCGCUCCAGAACCAGUUCGAUGGCUGCAGCAAGACGUUGAAAGAAACGGAAGCGAAGCUGGAGAGCACGGCGGAGCAUGACAGUCAAGUCACGGCGGAUUUGGAGAAGACGACGUUGAAGUUGGAGAAGACGAAGGAGGCGGCAGCGAAGCAGAAAGCGGAGGACAGCGCGCGAAUCGACGCGUUGUCGACGGAAAUCGAUCGAUUGAAGGAAGUGGAGGAGGCGAAAGUGAAGCUGGAGAAAUCGUUCGGAUCGCUUCAGGAGGAACACAACGCGCUGAAGCAGGCAGAAGAGAAGCUUCAGGAGUCGGUGGAGACGCUGACCGAAGAGAAAGAGCAGCUGAAGCAGGACGCUGCAGAGAAGGAAGCGGACUAUUCGAAGAAGGUGGAGAGCUUGCAGCAGUCGGUGGAGGAGCUGACAUCGACGCGUUCGUUGCUGAUGGAACAAGUCUCCGCGUUGAACCAAUCGCUGGAUGAGUCGAAACGAUCGUGCUCGCAAACGCAGGAGCGCGUGGAGGAACUCGAAGAAGAAGUGAAGACGGGAAAAGCUCGCUUUGAAUCGGAGAUGAGCCGUGCUUCUUCUUCGCUUGCAGAGCGUGAAGCGGCGAUCGAGUCGCUCAAGAACGAGAAGAAGGAGAUGAAGAACAGUCUGGACGAAACGGCCGCGCAGCUGAAGACCAAAGAGCGCGAACUCCGUGAAGAAAGCGAGCGAAAAGCGUCGGUCGAGCAGGAACUAUCGUCCUUGAAGUCGACUCACUCGCAGCUCGAAGCGAUGAAGAAGAAAGCGGAGGAGGAGGCCAAGGACGUGCAGAGCAAGAUGCGAAGCACGAUCGACGAGUUGAAAGCGGAGUUAUCGCAGACCUCGCAGAAUCUCGCUGGCAAAACGAAGGAAUUGGAGCAGGUGCAGGAGUCGGAGGGAUUCUACAAGAAGGAAUGCGAGAACUACCGAGCAAAGUUCGCUUCCUAUAUGGAUUCCUCGCCGGACGACAUCAUUCAGAGCAUCAAAGCGGAAGUGGGUUCGCUGCAGCAGCAGCUGGAGGCGGAGCGAAACGUCACAUCGGAGCUUCGCCAUGUGGAGACGGAUCUCUCUGCCGCGCUGCUACGCGAGAAGGAAUUGGAGAAGAAGCUAGCGGAGGCGACGGAAGAGCACGAGAAGGAGGUUUUGAACGCGACGUCGGCGAUCGCCGAAUUGAACGAGAGCGUGAACUCGUUCAAGAAGGAGAAGAGCGAGCUGAGCAAGCAAUGCGAAGAGCUGAACGCGCGCGUGAAGUCGCUGCAGACCACCGAGUCGGAGCUGGAGACAUCGAAGAAGCACGAGAAAGAAUUGGAGACGCAGAUCGAGCAGUUGAAGGAAAGCGCGUUGAAAUCGUCGGCAGCCGCGACAGCGCUGGAAGGCGAGCUGCGACAAUCGCUCGAGACAGCGAAUCAGGAAUUGGCGCAGACGCAGAAGAAGCUGGAGAAAUCGCAGGAGAAAGUGGCGACGCUGGAAUCGGAAUCGAGCUCGCUGCAGAGCAAGCUGGAAAGCAGCCAAUCGAACGAAGAACUGCUUCGCAAGCAGGUGGAGUCGUUGCAGCAAUCGCUGACGGGCGACAACACGAAGGCGCAGAAGCAGAUCGAGUCGUUGCAGCAAACGGUUUCGCAGCAGAAGAGCGAUCUGAAGACGAUGAAGAAGGAAAUGGACGAGUUAAAGAAACGCUCGGUCCUGGCGGACGAAUUGGAGCAGACCGUCAAUUCGUCGAAGCAGCAGAUUGCAGAGCUCAAGAAAGAGCAGCAAGAGAGCCAGAAGCGCGAAGAGGCGCUUCAAUCGAAGCUGGAAGAGAAGGAAGAAUCGCUGGCGGAUGUGCAGAAAAAGCUGGAAUCGACGCAAAGCAAGCUGUCAGAAGUCAAGGACUCGUUGAAAUCGACGGAGUCGCGAUUGAGUGAAGAGCAGGCGCUGGGAUCGUCGAUGCGAACGCAGCUCGAAUCGAUGAAGAACACGCUGCAGGGCGACACAGCGAAGUCGCAGAGCAUUAUUGAAAGCCAAGAGAAGCAACUGGCGAGUCUGCGAGCUGAGAUGGAUUCGGUGAAGACAGAGCGAAGCAAUCUGGAGACGAAGAUCGCAGCACUGCAGAAAGAUUCUACGCAACGCGUGGCCGACUUGGAGAAAUCGCUCCAGCAGUCCGAGUCGAAGGUUUCGUCGCUCCAAACCGAGCUCGAAUCGCUCCAAACCGCGUCGAAGGAGAAGCAGAGCGCGAUGGAAUCUUCGCUCACCGACGAGCAGACCAAGCGAAAAGCGCUCGAGAGCGAGUUAGCCGAGCUGCAGAAAGCCAUUUCGUCUUCCUCUGCCUCGCAAGACACGCUUCAAGCGCAGCUGGCAGCUUCGCAAGCGCAGAAGCAGGAGAGCGAAGCCGCGCUAUCGCAGUCUCAACAGAAGAUUAGCGAGCUGAGCGACGCGCUGAAGCAGGCGAAGGCGGAGAGCGAUUGGACGACUUGA